AUGGCCGCGGCUGCUGUUGCCACACCAGGAGCCACUGUGCUCCCAUCCUCGACAGCCGGUGCUCCUGCAGCCGGAGGAGCAGCGGGUGCUGGCAAGGGACCGAGUAAUCUCCUGGAGAUCACUGGCGAGGCCAAUAUCGUCAACUAUAUGAAGAAUCGCUUAAGGAAGGGCGCCAUGAAGCGCAAGGGUCUCGAGUUGGUCAAUGGCCAUAAGUUCGGUGUGAGGUUCUUUAAAAAUCCCACUUACUGCGGCCACUGCAAGGAUUUCAUCUGGGGCUUUGGCAAGCAAGGCUUUCAGUGCGAGGAAUGCCGCUUUAACAUCCAUCAGAAGUGCUGUAAGUUUGUGAUGUUUAAGUGUCCUGGAAAGGACACGGACUUCGAUGCGGACUGUGCCAAGGUGAAGCACGGUUGGAUCUCCACCACCUAUACCACUCCAACAUUCUGCGAUGAGUGUGGUCUGCUGCUCCAUGGAGUGGCCCAUCAGGGUGUUAAGUGCGAGAAUUGCAACCUCAAUGUGCACCAAGCUUGCCAGGAGACGGUGCCUCCAAUGUGUGGUGCUGAUAUUAGUGAGGUGCGUGGCAAACUGCUGAUCUUCGUGGAGCUCAAGGGCAACAACUUGAAAGUGGAUAUCAAGGAGGCAGCCAAUCUUAUUCCCAUGGAUACCAAUGGCUUUAGCGAUCCCUAUAUUGCAGUGCAAAUGCAUCCGGAUCGAUCGGGCCGCACCAAAAAGAAGACCAAGACCAUUCAGAAGAACCUAAAUCCAGUCUUCAACGAGACCUUUACUUUUGAACUGCAACCUCAGGAUCGUGAUAAACGUUUGCUCAUCGAGGUCUGGGAUUGGGAUCGUACUUCUCGCAACGACUUUAUGGGAUCGUUCUCGUUCAGUCUCGAAGAGUUGCAAAAGGAGCCCGUUGAUGGCUGGUACAAGUUUCUCUCCCAAGUGGAGGGUGAGCACUAUAAUAUUCCCUGUGUGGAUGCCUUCAAUGAUAUAGCUAGGCUACGCGAUGAAGUUAAGCACGAUCGUCGUCCAAAUGAAAAGCGCCGCAUGGACAACAAGGACAUGCCGCAUAACAUGAGCAAACGCGAUAUGAUUCGAGCAGCUGAUUUUAACUUUGUGAAAACAAUUGGCAAGGGAUCCUUCGGCAAGGUCCUGCUGGCAGAGCGUCGUGGCACUGAUGAGCUAUAUGCCGUGAAGGUCCUGCGAAAGGAUGUGAUUAUCCAAACGGACGAUAUGGAAUUGCCUAUGAAUGAAAAGAGAAUCCUAGCUCUUUCUGGUCGUCCUCCAUUCCUGGUUUCCAUGCACUCCUGUUUCCAAACUAUGGAUCGAUUAUUCUUCGUCAUGGAAUACUGCAAGGGUGGGGAUCUUAUGUAUCAUAUGCAGCAGUACGGAAGGUUCAAGGAGUCCGUGGCCAUUUUCUAUGCUGUGGAAAUUGCCAUUGCCUUAUUCUUCCUGCACGACCGGGACAUUAUCUAUAGAGAUCUGAAGUUGGAUAAUAUUUUACUGGAUGGUGAGGGACAUGUAAAGAUGGUAGACUUUGGGUUAAGCAAAGAGGGCGUAACCGAUCGCCAGUCUACGCGAACCUUCUGUGGCACUCCCAACUAUAUGGCUCCAGAAAUUGUUAGCUAUGAUCCCUACUCCAUCGCUGCUGACUGGUGGUCGUUUGGUGUUUUGCUUUUCGAGUUCAUGGCAGGGCAGGCUCCUUUCGAAGGAGAUGAUGAUAAUGCGGUAUUCAGAAACAUUAAGGACAAGAAGGCCGUUUUUCCAAAGCAUUUUACUGUAGAGGCCAUGGAUAUUAUAACCAGCUUCCUGGCCAAGAAGCCCAACAAUCGUUUGGGUGCAGGACGCUAUGCCAGGCAGGAGAUUACAACGCAUCCUUUCUUCGGGAGUAUCGAUUGGGAAAAGGCAGAGGCUGGAGAAAUGGAGCCGCCCAUUAAACCUAAAAUUAAACACCGCAAGGAUAUAAGCAACUUUGAUGAUGCCUUCACCAAGGAGAAGACGGAUUUGACACCCACGGAUAAGCUUUUCAUGAUGAAUCUGGACCAGAACGAUUUUAUUGGAUUCUCCUACAUGAAUCCCGAGUUCAUAACCAUUAUUUAAAAGUGAUCUAAAAAAGUUUGGAAGCUA